AUGCGUCUCUCGCCUCCGCCGUCGCCCGAUGUUUCUCCACUCCGGCCACCAGGGAUCGCUCUGUCUCGGCCAGCACUCGCUGCCGCCGAUAUCACGCCGCCAUCCACGCUGUCCGAGACACCACCACACGUCCUCCUCAGAGGCACAGCAGGCCGGAUGGCCACCCUCUAUGCCUUGGGGCGAAGGGAAGACUCCCGGCACAGAGGAGAAGAACCAGCCCGGACUGUAGCAGUGGCCUCUGGGAUCCAGGAAUCAGAGAAAGCCUUGUCCAGGAGGAGGCGCUAUGCUAUCAACUCUCAGGGCUAUAAGUGGGACCAUGUGAAUCUGACAUACAAGAUCGUGCAGUUCCCCAGCACUCUCAACAGGGGGGACACCGAAAGAGCCAUCGCCAAGGCCUUCCGCAUGUGGAGCGACGUCUCGCCCCUCACCUUCCGGCGCCUGCCUCCUACCCAACAGGCGGACAUCACCAUCGGCUUCUACACUUUCAACCACACCGACUGCUGGUUCUCCCCUCUGCACCCCUGCUUCGAUGGGCUCAACGGGGAGCUGGCCCACGCCUUCCUCCCGCCUCGUGGUGAGAUCCACUUUGAUAACCACGAGUUUUGGAUUCUGGGGCGCUCGCGCUUCAGUUGGAAGCAAGGCGUCUGGCUGAAUGACCUGGUGCAGGUAGCAGCUCACGAGAUCGGCCAUGCGCUGGGCCUGUGGCACUCCCGGGACAUCCGGGCCCUCAUGCAUCCCAACGCCACGUAUAGUCGGACGUGGCGCAUUGGCCAGGAUGACGUCUGGGCCAUCCAGCGGCUGUACGGCUGUGUGGAUGAGAAGAGACAGUGCCCGUCAUGGGCCCAGCAGGGAUUCUGUACGCGCCAGCGAGACUUCAUGAAGCGGCACUGCCCGAGGAUCUGCAAUGCCUGUUUCGAGCACCCUUCUACAUCCGCGUCCUCUUCUCUGCCUGCCCGGCCUUCUCGCAUUCGGUUAAGGUUCAUCUCUAAGGGCAGAGUCAUCACCUUCCGUUGUGGGACGAACGCCUCCACAUCCGACCUGCGAGUCAGCUGGUAUAAAGAUGGGGUCUUCCGCUCCCUCCCGGGCUUUGAGCUGCUUCCCAACCAGGACAUGCGAUUUGUUGCGACGGAGUUCAGUGAAGGGCGCUACGCCUGCUUGAUCCGUCGUGGUGGCAGGACUCUCCGGAUUAAUUCCUGGCAG